UACAAACCCGACAGAGCGUCACGUCGGGUGCUCCGCGUGUCUAGGGGUAACGUGGACCCUACGUCUCUCUCUCGUCUUGCCGUCACGAUCAGCGUCACACGCGAUGAGCGCCGCGCGUCACGUGCUACUUGCGCGUGACACCUGGCACGUCACGACGUAAUCCUCGACGACGACCUCGACCCUACGACUUCCUCGCGUCGGCAGAGUUUGUUCCUCGGUUUGUUCUCUCUCGCGAACAAAUAUUCUGCAUUUUCUUUCGCAACCGAAUCUUUCGUUCAAGACAACCCAGUUGCCGAAUUGUGUAAGAGAUCCCGGGAUUUUGCUCCAAACGGAAAUUCUUUAUUCAACGAUUGUGAUUUGUCUGAUGACAGUAUAUACUAUCGUCAUAUUCGGACAUUCCAAGCGCAAUCUCUUCGACCAUCGAUAUAUCUCGAGGUGCAUUUGCGAGGUGGUCGACAGUGUCCUCGACGACGACGACGACUUCAGCUGUGUUGAGAAAUUGACGAGAAGCAAUUAGUGAGAAAAUUGUGCACGCGAUAAUUGCCGCGAAAAUGAGCGUGUCGGGAUCAAAUGUCGAGGAAAAUCGGUAGUGUGCAAUGCUCUCUCAUGCGCGAUCCCAAAUUCACGAAUCUCACUCUCGAGGAUUUCCAGCGCAGAGAAUACGGCAGCAUGAAGACGGGGACUCAUUGGAAAGUUUGAUGCUUACACGCGAGCUGAAACUUGCUCCGUACUCGUCGUCUGUUACGGUCGUCUAAGGAUAACGGGAUUUCAUCAAAGCGUUUUAUGAUUGAGACUGGCGUGCUUCAUCGCAAAUCUUUGUUCCUCUCUUUCUGUUUCGCUCUCCUCUCUUUUAUUCUUACGAAACUUUUCCGGACUUCUUCGUAAAAGAUUAUGCGAAACUCGUGGAAUCAUUAGAGCGUUAUCAUCACCGGUCGAUGUCGACCAAACUUCGUCCGGCCGUCGAUAAUUCGUAGGAAUCGUCCGAUCAUAGUUUGGUAUCUGGUCGUUGGUUGCGCCUUUAAUAACCACGUCAUGUGUAAUGAUUGAUCGUUCCCAGCUUCCGACAGAAAGAGAUAGAACGGAUGAGUUCUUGUAAUAUAACGCGAGUUGCGUUGACGAUCAGAAAUGAACCCGGUCAUCGCUCUUUUGUCGAGCCAAUCAUUGGAUAAAUCAGGCUUAUCUUCUUGAAGAGAAAUUCAAUUUGUGUAUUAUUCUUGGCGUGGCGAGAAUUCCUGCUGGACGUGUGAGUCAAGUCAAGUCACCGAACUGAUUCUGAACGAGUUAAACUCCUUCAUUUUUUUCACGGUGCAUUUUCAUAGACCCUCGGACUUUUCAUAAACGUGCGAAUAUGUAGGUGGUAACCCUCAUCAUCUGUCGGCGCAUUUGCGAGGGGUGAAUCGGCGCGAAGCGUGUUACAGACAAUACAGAUUAUUUCGAGCACGAGGAUCGAAUGCUGCAAACGGUUGGCAGGAUUACACGUCACGCUCAGCUAAGGGAAGAUUUUGAUCGCAUUAGCGAUUCUGGAUUAAUACGCCGCAUUACGCUGCACGCUUCCUAUAAGAGAGACGUCCAAGCUUGCCUGCUGCGAUAAUGGAGGCCCGGCCGUCUCCCAACUUUCUUAUUCAAGAUGUUUUGAGAGUAAUUUAACUUGGACUCUCCGAACCCGAGGGUGCCAGUUCCAGGACAGGCCAGGCAGAAUAGAGAAAGAAGGAUAAAACGCGCGGAAGAAAAGUGAUGCGGGACGAAUAAGUUGACGUAUACUAGCAUUCGUCGCGAACGAAUUAGUCCGUAUAUCGGAAUCCGGGCUGACUCGAUCCUCCGGUCGCCGUACGGUUAUGCUAGUGGCGUCGCUGCAGGUGGCCGCCAGCAAAUGCUGUCAUGCCGCUGCCAUGCCAGCCGGCGGCCCGGAGCUGGCCGCUGGUCGCAACGAGGACUCGUCAGAUCAGGCUACUGGGCCGCUGCUGUCCGCGCCUAGGACUCGCGCUGCUGCUGAUCCUGUUCGUCCUGGCCGGUCGCGGUCGCGCGGCCUCAUCGCAACCUGUGACCCGCUACGCCUCGCGCAUCGUCGAGACGAAGAGCGGACAGAUACGUGGAAUACUUCAGGAGUUGAACAGCCGGCACUUGGAUCCCGUGGAAGUGUUUCGCGGUAUACCUUAUGCCGCACCUCCGAUAGGAGAGUUAAGAUUUCGACCUCCGAUCUCGCCCAUUCCUUGGAACGGCGUCAAACUGGCGGAUACCUUCGGCGCGGUAUGUCCGCAAAACUAUCCGGAUCUAUCCAAUGACACUGCUGCGCUUCUGCAAAUGCCGCACGGCAGAUAUCAGCAGCUGAAAAGAAUGACCGUAUUUUUGACCAAUCAGAGCGAGGACUGCCUCUUCCUCAACCUGUAUAUACCCGGAAGCGGAUCCCGAGGACUGGAGGCGCCGUAUGCGGUGAUGGUCUACGUACACGGUGAGAGCUUCGAAUGGGGAUCGGGUAACCUGUACGAUGGAUCGGUCUUGGCGAGCGCCGGCCACGUCAUAGUGAUCACACUCAACUAUCGUCUCGGCAUCUUAGGGUUCUUAAGGACUCGUCCUUUCGCCGACAGAACGAGCGGACCCGGCGGGAAUUUGGCUUUAAAGGACAUCACGAUAGGACUUCGCUGGGUGCGUGAGAACAUCGGCGCCUUCGGCGGCGAUCCAACACGAAUAACUCUAAUGGGCCAUGACACUGGAGCGGCAUUGGUGAAUCUGCUAUUGCUCGCGCCAUACAGCAAAGGAUUAUUUCACCGUGUGGUGUUGUCCAGUGGCUCGGCACUAAGUCCCUGGGCCUCGGUGCACGAUCCGAAUGAUCUUAGGACAAAGAUCGGCGAGCAGAUGGGUUGCUCGACCGAAGGCGAAGAUGACAUAGCCGAUUGCUUGCGAGGAGUGCCGCUGAAGACUCUUCUAGAUGUGCAACUUCCGGAAAUCAGAUUCGUGCCUCGCAUCGGGCCCAGUCUGCCGGUGGACCAAAACAAUCCCGACCCGGGUCUGGACAUGGAGCGAGCGAGCGACGCUUUCAUCAAGGUGCCGCUGAUCCUGGGGGUCUCCACGACCGAGUCCAACCUCGAUUUCAACGCCAACGACAUUCAGUAUGGCUUCGAGGAGGAUCACCGUAAUCGCAUUCUGCGCACCUUCAUCCGCAACGCCUACGUCUACCAUUUGAACGAGAUCUUUUCGGCGGUGAGGAACGAGUACACGGACUGGGAUAAGCCGGUGCUGCAUCCCAUCAUAAUACGGGACUCGACUAUGGAGGCGUUGAGCGACGGUCACACGGUUGCGCCGCUUAUGAGGAUCGCCUUCUAUCACGCCAGACGAGGCGCCAAGACGUACUUUUAUCACUUCAAUCAUCAGUCCAAGGACAACGGCUACGUGCAGCGGCUGGGAAGCGUUCGUGGUGAAGACAUACCGUACAUUUUCGGGCUACCGCUGGUGGCAGGCGGGGCUUUCUUCCCACGGAAUUAUUCCCGACAAGACCAGGGCGUUGCGGAGGCCGUCCUGACUUUCUUCACCAAUUUCGCCAAGACCGGAAACCCGAACGAGCCGCACAAGAUCGAGUCGGUUGACUAUGGCACGCCGAAAGAGAAGACGCGAUUCCGUGGCCUCACUUGGGAACAAUAUGAGACAGGCUCUCAGCAGUAUCUCACGAUAGCAUUAAAGCCGAAAAUGAAGAGCCAUUAUCGUGGUCAUAAAAUGGCAGUGUGGCUUAACUUGAUACCGCAGCUUCAUCGUCCUGGUGACGAUGAUGUUUCCAUGCGACAUCAUCAUUUCAGGGAACGAGGCGAUCAUUAUUACGCAGGACCGGUUCGAGAUGAAUGGUACACACCACUGCCGUUGACAGGCACAACGCGAACGAGCGCUUCCUCGACCACUGCAUGCAGCACGUCUACUGGUGACGACAGCUUCAUCGAGGACAUCACGCCGAUCCUGGAUGAUUCCGAGGACGACGCCGAGCUGUUGCAGAGACUGGCGUCUCGUCACUAUUACAGCACCACUACCGCCCUGGCGAUCACCGUGGGUGUCGGCUGCAUCCUCCUGGUGUUGAAUAUGCUGAUCUUCGCCGGAAUUUACUAUCAACGCGAUCGCGAUAAGAAACGCGCCGCCAUGGACUGCAGACCAAACGGACAGGAGUCCCUACCGAUGACCACCAGGACGUCGAUGAAGCCUUCCGAGAACGCGCGACCCGCUCAGGAGCCGCCACCUUCGUACACCACGCUCGCGAGGAGUCCCUCCAUCCAAGAACAGCACCAGCAACAGUUCAUGCAGUCUCAGGACAGUCCCGAUAGCGAUCAGUCAAAUAGAAAGGAGCCGAGAGGAUCCGGUCAUGGGACCAGUAAGGACUCGAUGCCACCGAAACCGCCCGCCAGAACCACCAGCUCGCUCAGCACCACUGCCGGGAACACUAAUACUAUCAAGAAACGUGUGCAGAUACAAGAGAUAUCCGUAUAGCAUUAGGGGUUGCCCCUAGAGGGCAACUCAAAAAUGAAACGAGUGACAUUUGUGGACGCGGAGAAGGCCACCGCGGCAGAGUCUAGAUUUUGAGUGACGUUCUCUCAUUUUGUCAUUAGCGAAGAUGAACAAAUUUGGCCUGACUUGGUGAAAGGAACGUGUUGUUUACCGCGAUUGCGCGAGUGUAACGAGAAAAAUCAACGAAAAACCUUGCAAUGGAACUUUCUGCGGGUAAAUCGUCAUUUCAAAUAUAUACUUAACGUGCAAUUGGAAUUGUGUCCGAUUGCAAUGGACUAUUACUACUGGAAAUCUCUUCGACAUUGUUGUCGACUGUUACUACUUGCAGUGCAGUGCCACGACAUGGCUGAUUAUGAUGUGAUCGCACCACUGAAUUAUUAUUACUAAACUGCAUCUGACAUUGUUACUACUUAGGAGACAUUACUGCUGAUGUUCAUUAUAUUGAUGGAAACGUAAGAUUGCACGUGCUCAUUAUGACUGAUAUAAAACAUGGAUUGUACGAAGUAGUUGUUACUCAUAAGCACACAGACGGCGUUCUCUUCUCGAAAAAAUCCAUUUUUAAUUCAAUAUAAAUA